AUGGCCAGGGUAUAUGGAAAUAAUGUGCGAAUCUAUAUUGGGAAUACGAUAUUUUGUAAAUGGUAUAAGAACGCCAGGGACCAUGCAACAGCGGUCGAUAUGCAACCAGUUUAUGAAUCAUUCGAUGAUGUAGAGGUCUGUAAGCGAUGUCCUGUCGGCACUAUCUCCCUGAAGGAAAUCUAUGGUGAUCAUUGCCAACUGACAGACGUCUUACAGAAGAUUGAAGGGGAAAUAAUGAAAAAUGUAAAGUCGAAGCAUGACAAGCAGAAUGUGGAGUUCAACAAUUGUGAAAGAAUAGACCCAACCGCUUUGAUGCUCGGUAAAGCACUUCUCCAGGAUAAAAUUAGCAAAUGGACAGAGGAAGAUAGGAACAAAGGCUCGAGUGGGAGGAACUGGAGGGUAGGGUGGGAGUUGUGGUGCAGGAUGAAACAACGUUGUACGGGGGGAAAGAGGAGUCCAUCUUCGCAGAAGGUGAAGGAAGCCCAGGAAGGUGCAAAGAAGAAUAAUAAAGGAAGUACAACAACAUCCUUAGGAAUAAAGGAUGUUGGAAGCAGCAGUAAGGAAGAAGCAUUAAUGGAUGAUAUAUUGGACGAUGACGACAAAUUUCCAUCAUCCCAAUUGCGAACAAUGUUGAAUGCAGUAGUGGAAAGUACGGUAACUUCAUCUUCACAGAAUAGGAUAGAUGUGAACAACAUAGCCCGGAAAGUAACGGACGCAAUACAAGAAAAGGAAGGUACGCUUUGA